GUGUACCUUCAUCGCUGUUAAAGAAUACAUCGCGUUAUAUUUUAUUUCAGUUAAUUUAGCUUAAUUGAUAAUUUUGUUCAUUGUUUAAAAUGUUUGCCAGGUAUUCUAGCAUUGUACGCUCUGCUCAGUUUCGCCGAUUUCAAAGUACACUUGUGCUAGCAGAACACAACAACGAGACUUUGAAUCCAAUCACAUCCAAUGCUGUGACAGCUGCUAAAAAAUUGGGUGGCGACGUAACGGUCCUUGUUGCUGGUACAAAGACAGGCAGCGUAGCAGAAGCUGCUGCUAAACUAGAUGGAGUAAGCAAAGUGCUGGUUGCCGAAGGAGAUGCCUUCAACGGGCUUCUGGCGGAGUCAGUAACUCCUUUGGUUCUGGCCACACAGGACAAAUUUAAGUUUACGCAUAUUGUCGCUGGAGCUUCCGCCUUCGGUAAGGCUGUUUUACCGCGGAUUGCUGCAAAAUUGGAUGUUUCACCGAUUUCGGAAAUCAUCGAAGUCAAGUCGGCGGACACUUUUGUCAGGACGAUCUAUGCUGGUAACGCCAUUCAAACAAUUAAAUCCAAGGAUGCCGUUAAAGUUAUUACUAUUCGUGGUACAAAUUUUGAAGCUUCAGGUUCAUCAGGAAAUGGUGCAAUAGAUAAAGUACCCGAGGGUGACUUUAAAACCACCUUAACCGAGUUUGUUAGUCAAGAACUUACCAAAUCCGAUCGCCCGUCUUUAACUGCAGCUAAAAUUGUGAUUUCCGGAGGACGCGGCAUGAAGUCUGGUGAUAAUUUUAAAAUGCUAUACGAUUUGGCCGAUAAGUGGGGUGCAGCUGUAGGAGCAUCUCGAGCUGCUGUGGACGCUGGAUUCGUUCCAAAUGAUUUACAAAUCGGACAAACAGGAAAAAUAGUUGCACCCGAGUUAUACAUUGCAGUCGGCAUUUCUGGUGCUAUUCAGCAUUUGGCCGGCAUGAAGGAUUCAAAAACUAUAGUUGCAAUCAAUAAAGAUCCUGAAGCUCCAAUUUUCCAAGUGGCCGAUUACGGCUUAGUGGCUGAUUUGUUCAAAGCUGUACCAGAAAUUAACGAAAAAUGCUAACCACGCUAUACCGCACAAUAUAAUCGCAGCAACCUCGUAAAUCUAGAACUCUUCUAUCAAUGGAAAAUUCGGAAUAAGCAAUUGAAUGAAGAUUCGUCCGAAAUAAAACUAAUCAUAGCACUACUGCAUUUCAGAUUAUUUUUAAAAUAAAAACAAAAAUUUGUACGGCUAAACAAUUACAGUUAUCUAACGUUUUCUCUUGCAUUCAUUUCUUUGGUGCGAUGAUACCUUCCAGUUGAGCCUACAAGAAAAAACAAUAACAAGUAAGUAUUGUAACUAAAAACAAAAAGGCAUUUCAAAUGAACCGGAGUUAAUCUACCUAGCGGUAAACUUAUCGUUUGUACGAUUAUUACAUUUUAAAUUUGUCUGUACACUUAAGUCGCU